AUGGAUCGCAGCUUGGACGAUACCAUUGCUGAUCGUCAGCGACGAGAAAAUCGUGGUGGACGAAGAGCUCCUCCUCCAGCGCCACGGCGUAGGGACUACAACUACCCUCGCGAUGGAGUCAAAAAGUCUACGAGAGACGAUCGAACGAACCUUGACAAUGACUGGGUCCAUGACCGCUACGAUGACGAGCCGGACAACUUCGGGGGUCAAGACCGUUCGAGGGAACGUAAGGAUCGCCGACGUAAUCGGUCUCCUGAGCCCGACCGGAAACCUCCGCCAGCCAAAAUACGAGUCGACAAUUUACAUUACGACCUAACUGAGGACGAUAUCUAUGACUUGUUCACCCGAAUUGCCCCUGUGGUGGACGCUCGACUUCGCUACGACCGAGCUGGACGCUCUGAAGGCGUUGCCUUUGUGACAUACGAGCAUGUCGCGGAUGCCAGGGCUGCAAUUCGCGAUUUUGAUGGAGCUAAUGCGAAAGGACAGCCUAUUCGACUGACUCUUCUACCACUCCCUCGCCGAGACAAUCCGUUUGAUCGUGUGGAGAACCCGAAGAGUCUUUUCGACCGGAUCGAGGCUCCUGGUAGCCGCAAUCGAAGGCGCAGCCAGAGUCCAGUGGACGAGAUGGAGGCUGAUCAUUCAGCUCGCCGAGGUCCUCGGAGAGGUCCACCAACGGACCGAAGAAGCGAUGUGACUAAGCCAGCUCCCGAGAACAUCGAUCGAUAUAUCCCAGGUCGUGAUAGUCGAAGUUCCAGUCAUCGUGGAGGUCGUAGACCCGGUGAGAGGCGCGAGCGAGCUGCUAGAGAUCCCGAAGGGCACAAGGUGGUCAAUGGUCGACCACGAAAGACAGCCGAGGAGCUUGAUGCUGAGAUGGAUAACUACUGGACCAGCGCUGGCAAUGCCCAGGGAGAGAACGGCGGCGAAAGCGCACCAGCUGCUAUGGCACAUGGAGGAAACGACGUUGACAUGAUUGAGUGA